AUAAAUACCGAAGCCGCCUGACCUAACACCGCGUCUUCCAUUUCGGGUCUACUCAUUUGCAGUGAAGAAGACGACGGCGAAAACCACCACCGGAGCCGCCAUGUGUGACGGAGAUUGCCGCCCUCUCGGCUUCCUCUUGGGCCUUCCCUUUGCCUUCCUCUCUCUCCUUCUCUCCAUCGUCGGCGUCGUCGUCUGGAUCGUCGGAUUGUUGUUGUCAUGCAUAUGCCCUUGUUGCUUGUGCGUGACUGUGAUAGUGGAACUCGCUCUAGAACUGAUCAAGGCACCGAUUCAUGUUAUGAAGUGGUUCACUUCCCAGAUACCUUGUUGAUGUCUUAUGGAUCUUCAUUUGUCUGUCUUCCCUGUACAUAAUAGUUCACCAAUCAAUUUCUUCCCGUUUGCUUGUUUAUCUCUUCCUGGAUUGCAUUUGUAUUAGUAACUCAGAUUUAUUCCACAGAUUCAUUGUCAUCCUAAGUUUUUUUUUUUUUUUGUGUAUAAAUCUAAGGUUUCGUUUAUGUUCA